AUGUUGAAAUCGGUGUCUAUAACUCUACUAUUCUUUAUAAAAUGUAUUCACCGUAUUAUCAAAAAACGAAACGAUUCAGUUGUUAACACCAUAAAGAAACAUGGUGCCAAUGUUUUACAAUUAUACAGACAGUUUGAAAAAGUAAAAUUGAAGCAAUGUCGUGCAGAACAGGCUAUUGAAUUCCUACGUGUGUGUCUAUUAUAUAAUGUUUAUCCAAAAUUCAUUCGAUUUAAACCUUACAAUAAAUCAUUUGGGAAAAGUCUGAAAUAUAAAGAAUAUGUUAGAAGAAUGUUAUAUGAUCAAUAUAAACAGCAACAAAAAGAAUUUAAGAAAUUGAAUCAGACAGUGAAUAACAUAGAAUCUCAAUUGAAAAACCAAGUGAACGUUUUCUUGUGGAUUAGUAUUAAGUCUCAUUUGAAUGAUCUUAUUCAAAAAGAAACAAAUGAAAUCAAACAACGCCACGAGAAAAAACAUUUAUCCUUGAAUAUCCCUAUCGAAUCAAAUGGUUUUAACAAUAAAUUAGUUUAUAAUUAUUCGUAUCGUGUAUUAACACCGGCAGAAGAUAGUCUUCUUUCCAAAGGAUGGAAAUAUGCCAUAAGAAUUAAGAAAUUGAAUAUAUUAAAUGUUAAAACUGAUUUAGAACACAUGUAUAUCUGUUUGGAACGAAAUGGUUUACUUAAAACAACAGAAAAGUCUAGCAAAAUUAAAGGUAUAUUCAACGAAUUCGGUAAUAAACUUGGAAAGAAAAUGAGCAGUGAAAUACCUAAUCUUUCGCUGGAAGAAACAAACGCGAUCUCAUCUUUAUCCAAUGAUCCUUCUCUGGUCAUAUCAAAAGUCGAUAAAGGCAACGCUGUGGUAGUUUUAAAUAAAGAAGAUUAUUUAUACAAAGCGUAUGAAGUACUCAAUGAUAAAAGAGCUUUUAAGAAACUGACUAGCAACCCCACUGAUCAGCGUGAGAAACAGUUUAUAUCAUUUCUAUUACAAUUGAUGAAAAACAAUAAGAUAACGGAAAAUGAGUACAAAAAAAUGAGACCUAAAACUGGUUCGAGAACGCCAGAGGCAUACUUUCUCGUUAAAGUACACAAACAAAAUUUGCCUGUUAGGCCAAUUAUCUCAAGUUACGAUUCGUAUAACUAUAAUACGGCUAAAUAUUUGGCAAACCUUCUAUCACCGGCAAUGAAUGAUGCAGCUUCUUUUAUUAAAGAUUCUUUUGAAUUUGUGGAUAAAAUUCGAUAUAACAAAAAUAUAAAUGGAUUGAUGUGCUCACUAGAUGUUUCAUCCCUAUUCACAAAUGUACCUCUGGAAAAAGCAAUACCCAUUGGAAUUAAGAAGAUUAGAGAACAUCAUCCAAAUCUUGCGAUUAACGACAAAAACUUGAAAGAACUUUUCAACUAUUGCACAAUGAAAACAAAUUUCAAGUUUAAUAACGAAAAUUAUGACCAACAGAAUGGAGUGAGUAUGGGGAGCCCCUUGGCCCCCAUACUCGCGCACUUAUUCAUGAGUGAACUAGAAAAUUGUAUACAAGAUCAUAGAGGCAAAAAACCAGAUUUAUUUUACCGUUACGUUGAUGACAUAUUCAUGAUUAUGCAUGGUAACCAAAAAGAUAUUCAUUCAUUUUUGAAAUUUAUGAAUAAAAUUGAAUCUUCAAUAAAAUUUACAAUCGAAAUGCAAAACAAUAACAAACUACCGUUUUUAGAUGUCAUGGUAGAAAGAACUAACACAGAAUUAAUAACGUAUGUCUAUCGUAAGCCGACUGACACCGGUUUAUACCUACGAUGGACUAGCAACCAACCUCGUAAUUACAAAAUAAAUUUAAUAAAGUGUCUAUGUAUACGUGCGAAACGUAUUUGUUCAUCGGAUGCACUAUUGAAACAACAAUUAGAGUAUUAUAAAAGAAUAUUUACAGCUAAUGGUUAUCCAAUUAAUGUUCUAAAGAAGACGAUAAGGGGUAUUGAAUUAGGUAAAAACAUUGUUAAACAGCCAAUUAAUCCAAGUAUUAAAAAGGUAUUCAUUUCAAUGCCAUAUUAUGGUGAAUGUUCAUUGAUUUUAGCAAAUAAGAUUAAGAAAAUAUUAGAUCAUCCUUUGAAACAAAUUGUCUGUGGCUUCGCAGCUAGAACACGUAUCUCAACGUUAUUUAGUGGAACAUUUCGUGGACAAAAGGAUAUGAAAAAGGUGAUCUAUCGAUAUGAUUGUAAAAAUUGUAAUGGCACCUAUAUCGGACAAACUGGCCGUGGUGUGGAAAUAAGAAAAGAAGAACACAAAAAAGCUUUUCGAGGGCGGGGGUAUUCAAGAAUAGCUGAACAUUGUAUGCACUUGAAUCAUGAAAACAACUGGACUGAUAUUAUUAUUGCUGUUGAAUCAAAUUAUAUAAAAAGAACAAUAAAAGAAAGUCUUCUCAUGGACUUUGUUCGUAUAAAAAAAGGUAAAGAUGUUUAUUCACAAAAGAGCUUUAUUUUGAAUGUUUUUUGA